CAAAAGAAUUUUUGUCCUGGUGAUGAUGAUGAUCCAAAAUCAUUAUCAUUAAAUAAUCCACACAUUUUUAAUUUGGAAAAAAACAUUUUGUUAAAUAAUAAUAAUAAUACCGUCGUUGAUAUUGAUGCUAUUACUGCUGCCACCACCACCAACACCACCACUAUCACAAUUGGUAAUUUAGAAACAAAAACCCGAAAUAGCUGCAAUAGCAGCACCAAUAAUAACAACAACAACGAAAGCCGCAGCUGCACCAGCACCAACAGCAAGAAUUAUUUCAAACAACAACAUACGAGCAGCAGCACAUUGAGUAAUUUAGUUUCUCACAUUGAUGAUGAUAAAAUAAGUAGUGGUGAGAAUAGUAAGAUCAAUGAUCAUCAUACAGCAGCGACAUUCGUUAAACAACAACAACAACAGAAUCAAAAUACGGAAAUAAAAAAAUAUUCCAAUAAUAACAACAACGAUCAUCAGAAAAUUUUCGCAACUGAAUUAGUGAAUCAUCAUAAUUAUGAUACAAAUCAAUUGAAAACAAUAAAAAAAUUAUUAAAGAAUCAUUUCGAUGAACUGUCAACAUCGAAUUGUCAUUUGUUGAAUGAAAAAUUUCGAUCUAAAUCAAAAUCAAAACAACAACGUAAACGAAAAAUGACAGCACAUAAUAAUAAUAAUAAUAAUAAUAAUGCCGGUGUUCAUUAUAAUGAACAAAGGCAAUCACAACAACAACAACAUCAUCAUCGAAAAUCAUCAUCAACAAAAUCUAUGAUAAUUAUUGAUGAUCAUAAUCAUCAUCAUAUUGAUGAUAAUGAUGAUUAUGUUCGAAGAAAUUCCAGACAAAAUCUUCAUGUUAAUCAUAGGCCAAAUAGACGAUCAACGACAACGAAUCAACAAUUCAUUAAUAAUUCAUCAACAUCAUCAAAUAUACGUCCAAAUAAUACAAAACUAAAUUUAUCAAAAUCAAAAUUAUCAACAAUAACAACAACAAUCGCCAGUAAUGAGAAUAAAAAUUUAACAAACAUACAAUCUGCAACAACAACAACAACAAUCGGUCCAAUAACGACAAUGAAUUUAAGAAAUCGAACAUUAAAAAUAGCGGCUACAGCAACAGCAACGGAACAACAUCCGCUAGCGGAUAUAUCGACAUCGGCAACAUGUCCACAAACGACGUUACCACCGACAAUUAGUGAUACUAUUAUUAAGAAUUUUAACGAUAAUGAAUCUACAGGACAGCAACAACAACAACAAAGAAGACGAUCUAAUCGUUGUCAAAAUAAACAAGCAGCUAAAUCAAUCAUUGAUUCAUCAUCAUCGAAAUCAUCAGAUCAUCAACAACAACAACAGUCAAGUCUUCCGGCAUCAUCAUUAUCAUCAUCGACGACGACGACAUUAAAUUCAUCAAGAUCGAUACGUAGUUUUUUUCCAUUACGUACAAUCGGUUCUGUUUGUGAAUUAUUUCGAUCACAAUUAGAUCCUGGACAAUUUAAUGAUAAUAAUGAUGAUGAUGAUAAUAAUGAUCAAUCAACGAAUCGAAAUGAACCAGAUUUAGCAUUAUUAUCUAUUGUAUUGGGUAUUAUUGAAACAUCUUUGACACGUGGUCUAUAUGUAGAUCAUUCGGAAACGACAACAACAUCGAUCAACAACAAUGAAAAUUCAAUGACAACAACUUUAUCCGAUUCUCAUGAUCAACAACAACAGUCACCAUCAAUAAUGACAGAUAAUGUUAAUGGACAAAGACAAAAUUCAACAACAACAAUGAAUAAUGGUAGCUAUUCACCAGCUGAAGCAUCGAUUGCACCAAUUGUACCAAUUGUAUCGAAUAUAAUACAUACACCAUUAGAUAUACCAAUACCAACUGUUUAUUAUGAAAAUGUUGAAAAUUUAUUGAAAAAAUUUCAACAACAUAUUAAAGAAUCGAUUGAUCUCGAUAAAUUUAUAACGGAUAAUGUUGAAUUGAUAAAUAAGCCAAAUAAUGACAGUAAUAGUAAUCAAGAUUCAAAUCAUACAACUACUACCAACAGAAACAAUGAUUUACGUGAGCUUAUAAAAAAGAUCUCUGAAUUAAUCUGGUCAAAUCUACACCGAUCACAUUAUAAAGAUCGUGCACAUUUACAAACAAUUUAUAGCUAUGUUAGUGAGAAUAAAUUGGAUUGUUAUGGUGUUGCAUAUACAGUAUUGGCAGCUUGUCAGAUUCUUGGCCUUGAUGACGUUCGACUUGUUAUGUCCGAAGAUCAUGCAUGGGUUACAUUUGGUCAAGGUGAAACAUGUGAAGUUACAUGGCAUGGAAAAUGUGGUAAUGAUGAUCGUUGUGGACAAUCUAUACCAACAACCAUGGAAUCAUUGAAUUGUUGGUUAUAUUUAAAUGGUAACACAAUGACAUGUGAUCGAUUUCAAACAAUAGGAACACUUGUAUCGGCUAUGAAUUUAUCGAUAAAUGCAACACAAGAUUCGGAAGAGCUGGCCAUUUUACAACAGCAUCUUCUUUGGAUCCUAUAUGAUUUCGGUUAUUUAGAACGUUAUCCAAUGGCAUUGGGUAAUCUUGGCGAUAUCGAAGAUGUUUGUUCUAUUCAUUCAACAACAGCACGUAAACAUCCAUUGGAAUUAUUUAAUGAAGCUAUUGAAUCUGCACGAAAGUAUUAUAAUGAUUAUCAUGUCUAUCCAUAUACAUACCUGGGUGGUUAUUAUUUUCGUAAACGACAAUUUAAACAAGCAUUUAGAGCAUGGGCUGAUGCUGCACGUGUUGUAAUGAAAUAUAAUUAUACACGUGAUGAUGAAGAAAUUUAUAAAGAAUUUCAAGAGAUAUCUAAUGAUCUCAUACCAUAUAUAGUAAAAUAUUCUACUUCUACCGCCAUUGCAGCUGAUGGUAAUGAUGAUACUGGUAAUCGAAUAGAUUCCAUUAUUGAUGAUCCAGAAUGUUUUGUAUAUUUGUUACAAUUUUAUGAUGGUCUUUGUGCAUGGGAAGAAGAUUCAACAACACCUGUAUUACAUAUUGGUUGGACAAAACCAAUUGUAUCGACAAUAUCAAAAUUUCCAUAUCGUACAAGAUCUCAGAUUAUAAUUAAAGUUGAUCCAACAUUAAAUAUUAAACAUCAAUUUAAUCAUCAAUCAUCAUUGAUUGGUGAUGUUGAUCAUCAUCACUAUCAUUCGGAUGAUUUGAUUGAAAAUUCAGAAAAUCAUAAUAUAAAUAUUGUUAGUGGUAAUCAACAUCUAAUUGGUCGUGAAAGACGACGAAGACGUGCAGCAUCGAUUGGUCAACAACCGGCAACGCCACCUGUUAUGGCAAUUAAACAGGAAAUAAAUAAUAAUGGCGAUUCGAAUGAAAUAGAAAUGAAACCAAAAUCUAUUGAAAAAAUGGAUCAUUUUAGCAAUGGUGAUGACACUGAAAAUGAUGAUCAUCAUCAUAAUGAUGGAAAAAUUGUUGCCAUUUUAGUUAGUAAAAAAUUUUCCGGUAUCAAAAAUCUUUUAACAGCGGAUAAAUUGAAUACAUCAGCCAUACAAUUACAGCUAACAGCACAAUCACAAGUAAAUAUUUUUAAUCACGGAAAACGUAGCAGCACCGGAAUUGGUAAUACAAAUCGAAUGUUUUCGACCGGUAAGUCUUCUUGUGGUCCAUUUUCGGAAAUGGAUUAUAUUUUAUCAUCAUCGACGACGACGACGACGAACUAUGGAUCAAAAUCAACGAUAGCAAAUUCACCAUCAUCAACUUGCGGUGGUGGACAACAAAUACGCACAAAUCAAUCGUCUUCUAAUAUAAAUAUCAAUCAAAAUUCAAAUAAUAAACGUUUACGUCGUGAAUGAUUAACAAUCUUCAUGCUCAGGAAAUAGCUUCCCAAUAAAAAUGGAAGGGGAUCAAAAAUCAGUAUUUUCUUCAGAAAAAUUCUCUUUUGUUAUUUGAAAUAAUCUAAUCUCAUCUUUGUGUCCAAAAAAAAACAAAACGAAAAUUUUUAAAAAAUCAUAGUAAGAAUUUUAGAAUAACUUUUUUUUGUUAGUUAUCAAUUCAAAUUAUCUCUCAUUUUUACUUGUGGUUAAUUUUUCUAUCAUCUUCUUCAUCAUCGAAACAUAUUUCUUCCAUAAAAGCAAAACAAAAGUUAUUAUUUAGUGUUAUUAACACAACAAC